CUCAUAAACGUCAAUAUGGUUGAGUGGACAGACUUCGAGCGCGAAACAAUCCAGAGCAUCUUUGGGAAGAUGGACUAUGAUGACGUGGGCCCCGCGGCUCUUUCCAGGUGUCUGGUCGUGUACCCCUGGACCCAGAGGUAUUUCGGUAACUUCGGAAACCUGUACAACGCAGCUGCCAUCCAGGGAAACCCCAAGGUAGCCGCUCACGGAAAGACCGUCUUGCACGGACUGGACCGGGCUGUCAAGAACAUGGAUGACAUCAAGGCCACCUACGCUGAGCUUAGCGUGCUGCACUCCGAAAAAUUGCACGUGGAUCCCGACAACUUCAGGCUCCUCGCCGACUGCAUCACCGUGUGCGUGGCCGCCAAGCUCGGUCCCGCCGGUUUCAGUGCUGAUACUCAGGAAGCCUUCCAGAAGUUCCUGGCUGUCGUUGUGUCCGCUCUCGGCAGACAGUACCACUAGAGCGUCACUCG